UGAAUGCUUUAUGCUUCUCAGUCCAUGCUGUUCCAGCUUAUUCGUUAUUCGCGUAACUCAAUGUCCACAACGACACACAGCACCAAGACCUGAGUGACUGACAGUUAUAACACAACAUUCAUCGAGAAUACAACUACCGGCAUUUAUAUUUAAUCAACAAAAAAUUCACCUGUUGUGAUAAAAAAAAUAAAAUACAAUGGCUUCAUCAUCAUGGUGGCGAGCAUUGGUAAGGCGACGUGUUGAGGAUAAGGAUGACCGACAAACUGAAAUGGCACGUGUUAUGGGAGUACUUGAUUUAACAAUGCUUGGAGUUGGAGCAACACUUGGUCUUGGUGUUUACACACUUGCUGGUCAAAUUGCCAAAGAAUAUGCUGGACCAGCUGUAUGCAUAUCAUUUUUAAUUGCAGCUAUUGCAUCAGGUUUAUCUGCAAUAUGUUAUGCUGAAUUUGCAUCACGUGUACCAAAAUCUGGAUCAGCAUAUGCCUACAGUUAUGUCACUGUUGGUGAAUUCAUUGCUUUUGUUAUUGGAUGGAAUUUAAUUUUUGAAUAUAUCAUUGGUACAGCAGCUGUUGCCAGAAGUUUUAGUCAAUAUGUAGAUACAUUGUUUGGACAUAAAAUGAGCGAUUAUUUAAGAUCAAUUUUUGCAUUAAACCUGAAUGACUUGACGAAAUCAUUAACAGGGACCGAAACAAAUUAUUUUGGUGAUUAUGUGGAUUUUUUUGCCUUUAUGGUUGUCAUGGUUUUGACAAUAUUUCUUUCAAUUGGUAUCAAAGAAUCUUCAACUCUCAAUCGCGUAUGUGGAACAGCAAAUGUUGGGACAAUACUCAUCAUAAUAAUUGUCGGAUUUAUUCAAGCUGAUACUGAAAACUGGCAACUACCUGCAAAUUCAACAUCUAGUCAUUUCAAUGAAACAAUAAUUAUUAAAAAUGAAACUGCUAAUAAUACAAAUAAAAUAAAAACAGAUAAUGGUGGUUUUAUGCCAUUUGGAAUUGAUGGUAUUGUUCAAGGUGCUGCACAUGCAUUUUUUGGUUUAGUUGGUUUUGAUUCAAUUGCCAGUUGUGGUGAAGAAGCUAUUAAUCCAAAAAAAAAUAUUCCAAUAUCAAUUGUACUUGCAAUAAUAAUUGCAACAAUUGCAUAUUUAUUAGUUUCAAUUGUAUUAACAUUAAUGGUACCUUAUUACAAUGUAGAUGCUAAAACAGCAUUUCCAUCAGCAUUUGAAAAAGUUGGUGUUAAAGUUAUUGGUAAAAUAGUUAAUGUUGGUGGUAUAUGUGCACUUAUAACAAGUCUUAUUGGUGCAAUGUUUCCAUUACCACGUAUAUUAUAUUCAAUGGCAAGUGAUGGAUUAUUAUUCAAACGAUUUUCAAUAAUUAAUAAAAAAACACAAACACCAUUAUUUGCAACAAUUGUAUCUGGUACAUUAAUUGGAUUUAUGACAUUGAUAUUUGAUGUUGAACAACUUGCUGAUUUAGCAUCAACUGGUACAUUAUUAGCAUAUUCAAUUGUUGCAAUGUCAGUAUUAUUUUUGAGAUAUCAAAAAAAUGAUGAUACAAAUGAUGAUAAAAGAAGUGAUGAUACAAUUACAUCAACAGAAUCAUCAAUUUCAAAUGAUGAAAUUUGUCUUAGUAAUUAUUUGGGUCAAGUAUUUAAUACUAAAAAUAUCAAAGAACCAACUUUUAUUAGUGGACAAAUUGCUUGUAUUGCCAUUGAUUUAUUUACAUUUUUUAGUAUUACAUUUGGAAUAAUAUCACUUAUGAUAUUUUCAAAUGAUAAAUCAUUUUUGAAUGAUCAUAAAAUUAUUGGAUAUAGUUUGUUAAUAUUUAUUGGAGUUUUAAUGUUACUGUGUAUUGUAUCAAUGUCAAGACAACCAGUUGCAAAAGUUGAUAUUAAUUUUAAAGUACCUUUAGCACCAUUUUUACCUUGUCUAAGUAUUUUUGUAAAUGCAUUACUUAUGGCUAAUUUGGAAAGUACUACAUGGUUGAGAUUUAUGGCCUGGCUGUGUGUAGGUUUAGGUAUAUACUUUUUCUAUGGUAUUAAAAAUAGCGUUCAGGGCCAGAGGGACAAACGCAUGCAACUUGAAGCUGAGCCUGAAAAAUUUAAUCCCAAGAGCUGUGACUAGUUUUUUUUUUUUUUUUUUUCUAUUUUUAAUAAUACAGUUUUACUCAUUGAAUUAUUUUAUUUUAAAAAUCAAUUAUCAAUAAUUCAAUUGAAAGAAAUUUUAUACAAUAAUUAUGCAUGAAAAACAAAUUAAGUCAAUUAUAGAUUUUUAUAUUUACAACAAUUAAAUUUACAAUUGAUAUAAAUCUUUUUAAAAUAUAUCAUCAAUAAAUUUAUUAGCAAAACUCAUUUUUUUUUUAUUGUGAAAAUGAAAUGUUAAAAAAAUUAAUAUACAAAUUUGAUUUUUUGUCUAUUUUUAAUUGACGAAUUAAAAUUAAAAAAAUAAAUUGUUAAUUUAAUUAGCGAUAUAUUUUUAAUAAAUUAAAAAUUGUUAAAAUUGAAAAAUAAAUAAAGUUUUAAAUUAUGUAAAUA